GAAGAUAUUGCUGGCCUUGAUAUUCCGCGCCAGCCUCUGCAAGCUGUACUCAAACCCACCAAAAUUGCAGUAUCAAGUAUUGCUAUUGCUAUCCGACGCACAUCGAUCAAUCGCAAGGCAACAAGGCAAAGGGCAAAGCCGGAAACACAAGGCAGACAUGCCAACGACUACGACUGCGACUGCACAAGACAAGCAGUCGCGCCUCUUGAACGAUCCAAACCCCGGCCACUUCAGCCUAAUACGAGCCUACCACCUCGCCGACUUGAUCACGCUCAUGAAUGGCUUCUGCGGCGUCAUGUCCAUCCUUUUCUCCAUGCGCUACAUUGCAGGUCCACCACAAGAGAAGGCGAAUUUGUGGGCUGCCUUGGCACUGCCUUACGCGGGCAUGUUCUUUGAUUUCUUUGACGGCGCAGUGGCAAGGUGGAGAAAGAAGAGCAGUCUGAUGGGCGCAGAAUUGGAUUCGCUAGCAGAUCUGAUCUCCUUCGGCUGUGCUCCUGCUGCAUGCGCCUUCUCCCUCGGCAUCCGAACACCCCUCGACCAACUCUUCCUCACCUGCUUCGUGCUAGCUGGACUCGCACGAUUGGCGCGAUUCAAUGUCACCACUGGCAAUGUACCAAAGGACAAGAACGGCAAGGCCAAGUACUUUGAGGGACUCCCCAUCCCCACGAGCUUGAGCAUUGCUGCCUUGAUGGCCUACUGGACAACGCAGGACUGGAUUCAGGAGAGCGUACCCUUGGGCACCAUCAUGCAAGGCACCAUCUUGGAGUUCCACCCCAUCGUUGGUCUUUUCUUGGUCCACGGAUCCUGCAUGUUGUCUAAGACGCUGCACGUUCCGAAGCCAUAAAUUUGGUCGAGCCCAGAAUGCUUUCAAGCAAGCAAGGCGCUGGUGGUGAGAUAUCUCCUAAGGAUACUGAUGGAUAGGGCCAGUUUGCAUUCACGAUACCCAAAAGCCGCAGAGUCAACAUGAACAUGAAACGAGAAAUGUAGUCUAGAGCGUUCAGCAGCAGCACAACCUCAAGAAUCCAUAAUCUCUCUC